AUGCUGUUCUAUGAGUUUUUUAGAUCCAGCAUAGGAAGCCGGGUUUCAGUGAUGCUGAAGGCCGGCGUAUAUGUAUCCGGGAGGCUGGGUGGAAUAGAUCCAUAUCUUAAUUUAAGUCUUCUGGACGUAAGGAUACUCAGUAGCCAUCCAGGACUGAGCAGUAUUUCUGUGUGUUCGAUACGAGGAUCAUCAAUAAAAUAUAUCCUUGUUGAUAAGGAUGCUAAGCUAUUGCAGGGAGUAAAUGCCGGAAGUAGGCUCAGGAUGAUACUUGACAAAUGCUAUUGA